CAGGUGUCACAUUUAUAGCAUCAGACUCAGUCACUGACGAUAAACAAGAUGAACAAAUACAGGAAGCAGAUGGCAGAGCAGUUCCUGAGUCAGGCCCUGGGCAUCAUCUGCCUGCUGACCGGAGAGGAAUACACCAUUGUGAAGAAGAGGCUCUCCCACAGCAGCGUUCAACAGCUGAGCGGAGAGGUGCCUAUAAAGUGUGAUGAUGUUGCUGUGUAUUUCUCUAUGGAGGAGUGGGAGUAUAUAGAGGGACACAAGGAGCUUUACAAGGACGUCAUGAUGGAGACUCACCAAGCACUAAGGACUAUGGAGACCCCAGGAAAUGAGCGCUCAGAGUCUUUGGAACACUUGGUGCAAGAAUGUUUUUCAAAUUUCUUGUCUUCCUGUAAAUAA